CUUCCUACAUGUAUAUUAAAAUUAUUAUUAAUAAUAAUAAUAACAAUAAUAUUAUAGCGGCUGAUAUUUUUUUUAAAGAGAGCUAGGAGGUUAGCGGUGAGGCCUUCUCAUUUAUGCGCAUUUGCAAGCGACUGAGAGCCGCAGUCCGGACGCUGUUGUCGGCUUCGUGUUGUUGUUUUUAGCGAGGAAAAGAGAUGGUGCCCUGAGGGAGUGCAGCGAGGCAAUUCUCAGACUGGCAUCUGUGCCAAUAUGAUGGAGACGGUCCAGCCUGAGUGGUGAGAAGUGAAACUGAGACAAAGUCACGCCAACGCGGGCCACACAGCUGGAGUCGAGAAUCAAAGGUGAAAUAUCCCUGAUUGAACACGCAGGCCUUUUCUGAUACCCGUUAGCUCUUUAGUAAUCAGAACUGGAACCAUGCCUGAUCGGGACAACUACCUGAACAGCAGCAGCAGCGGCAGCGAUGAGGCCGGCGCGGCGGCGGGAGAUGAUAUCUGCCGGGACUUCUUGCGCAACGUGUGCAAGCGUGGCAAGCGCUGCCGCUUCCGGCACCCCGAUUUCAACGAGGUCCCCGACCUGGGGGUGCAGAAGAACGAGUUCAUCUUCUGCCACGACCACCAGAACAAGGAGUGCGUGCGCGCCAACUGCCGCUUCGUGCACGGCUCCAAAGAGGACGAGGACUACUACAAGAAGACCGGGGAGCUGCCACCGCGGCUACGGGGCAAGGUAGCGGCCGGGCUGGGCCUGUCGCCCACCGACUUACCCCACAGCCGCGGGGAGGUGCCGAUUUGCCGGGACUUCCUGAAGGGAGAGUGCCAAAGAGGCAACAAGUGCAAAUUCAGGCACUUGCAGAAGGAUUUUGAGUUUGAGGUGUUGCGUGGAGGGGGGGCGGGGUUAGGGUUGGUGGGAGGGGUAGUGGGAGGGGUUAGUUUAGAUUGCCGCCCCCCGCGGGAGCAGCCGGGGGUUUCGGGCGUGUCGGGGGCCGUCGGGGCUCGGAGGUUUGAACGCGGCCCCGGGUACGACCCCAUGAUGGAAGGGAUUUUCGAUCCCGGGUUCGAGGAUUUUGACCCGGCCCUGCAGCUGAAGAGGCGCCGGAUGGACAGCAUGCGCUUCGCGGAGAGUUUUGAGUUCGGGAUCCAGCCCUCGCCCCGGCCCGUGGAUUACAGGCUGCUGGAGGAGGAGAACGUCCUGCUCAGGAAGAGGGUGGAGGAGCUCAAGAGACAGGUCCACAACCUGAUCGCUACCAACGAGGUCCUGCUGGAACAGAACGCCCAGUUCCGCCUCCAGGGCAAGGUCCUGACUCUGACCUCCACCCCCGCUCCCUCUGAGCAGAGCCUGCCCUCUGUGGGCACGGUGACCUCCUACAACCAUGGCAUCGCCCAGACGCACACCACGCUGAGCAGCCAGGCCAUGCAGCCCCGCCCAGUGAUCCAGCAGGACCUGGGGACCCCUGCCCCUGUCGCUGCCAACGCAGCUCCCUCCAGCGCCCCCCUGCCACACCUCAACUCUGAAAUCACGCCCCUCUCCGCAGCGCUGGCACAGACCAUCGCUCAGAGCAUGGUGCCCCCUGUUUCCAUGGCACCUGUCGCCGUUUCCGUGGCCCCCGUGGCAGUUUCCAUGGCGCAGUCUCUCACCGGGAUCACCAUCAGCCACGCCACCACGCCCAUGGUCUCCUACCCCAUCGCCUCGCAGAGCAUGCGCAUCACCACCAUGCCCCAUUGACCCCGGCCACCGGGGGGUGCUGCUGCUGUGGCUGUGAGGCUGACCCAGGGCGCUACCCUCCUACUGCAGUGUGACCCCCGGGGUGAAAACUGAGAGACGGGAGGGAGGGAAGCAGUGUGGCUCAAGUGGUUAGAGCUGAGGGACUGGGAGGGAGGGAAGCAGUGUGGCUCUAGUGGUU